CGGGGCCAUCCCGGGGGCGGGGUCUGCGCCGGCGCGGGGUCCGGCCGGGCUCUCGGCCAGCCGCGUAAACACGGCCGGGGUGCCGCGGCGGAGCAGGCCCUUCCUGAGGUAGGGCCAUGCUCACAUUCAUGGCCUCUGACAGCGAGGACGACGUGGGUGACGAGCGGACGUCCCUGAUGUCGGCUGAGAGCCCCACAGCGCGUGGCUUCCAGGAGGACAGGCAGGGCCUGGAGGAUGGCGAGAACCCUGCCCAGUGGCGAGGUCAGGAGAGUGAGGAGGAGCAGGACGAUGACCCCGACCACUACAUCUACGGUGGCGUCCCUGGCCGUCCCCCAGGCAUGGAGGAGGAGCUGACCCUCAAGUAUGGGGCGAGGCAUGUGAUCAUGCUCUUUGUGCCUGUCACCCUGUGCAUGAUCGUGGUGGUGGCCACCAUCAAGUCUGUGCGCUUCUACACGGAGAAGAACGGGCAGCUGGCGCCGCCAUCCGCCGACCCCCAAGGCUCCCUCCGGGUGGGGAGACCUGCGCCGGCAGGAGGGGGUUCCGCAGCCCUGCCCUUCUCCCUCAGUAUCUACACCCCAUUCACCGAGGACACGCCCUCCGUGGGCCAGCGUCUGCUGAACUCUGUGCUCAACACCCUCAUCAUGAUCAGCGUCAUCGUGGUCAUGACCAUCUUCCUGGUCGUGCUCUACAAGUACCGCUGCUACAAGUUUAUCCACGGGUGGCUGAUCAUGUCCUCACUGAUGUUGCUGUUCCUCUUCACCUACAUCUACCUCGGGGAAGUGCUCAAGACCUACAAUGUGGCCAUGGACUACCCGACCCUCUUCCUGACCGUGUGGAACUUUGGGGCGGUGGGCAUGGUGUGCAUCCACUGGAAGGGCCCCCUGGUGCUGCAGCAGGCCUACCUCAUCAUGAUCAGCGCGCUCAUGGCCCUGGUGUUCAUCAAGUACCUCCCCGAGUGGUCGGCCUGGGUCAUCCUGGGAGCCAUCUCUGUGUAUGAUCUCGUGGCUGUCCUGUGCCCCAAAGGACCGCUGAGAAUGCUGGUGGAAACAGCCCAGGAGAGGAAUGAGCCCAUAUUCCCUGCCCUGAUUUACUCAUCUGCCAUGGUGUGGACGGUGGGCAUGGCCAAGCUGGACCCCUCCUCGCAGGGAGCACUGCAACUCCCCUUCGACCCCGAGAUGGAAGAAGAUUCCUAUGACAGUUUCGGGGAUCCCUCGUACCCCGAAGUCUUUGAGCCCCCACUGACUGGCUAUCCUGGGGAAGAGCUGGAGGAAGAGGAAGAAAGGGGUGUGAAGCUCGGCCUCGGAGACUUUAUCUUCUACAGCGUGCUGGUGGGCAAGGCGGCCGCCACUGGCAGCGGGGACUGGAAUACCACACUGGCCUGCUUCGUGGCCAUCCUCAUCGGUUUGUGCCUGACCCUGCUCCUGCUCGCCGUGUUCAAGAAGGCGCUGCCUGCACUUCCCAUCUCCAUCGCCUUCGGGCUCAUCUUCUACUUCUCCACAGACAACCUGGUGCGCCCGUUCAUGGACACCUUGGCCUCCCACCAGCUCUACAUCUGAGGGAGCGGGUACCACGGGCCAUCGUAAGUUAGGAGAUGUUAACUGAAUGCGGUUGUAUAGUUUUACACUCUAGUGCCAUAUCCAUAUAUUUUUGAGACUUUUCUUUCCUUAAGAAAAUAAAUAAAGGAGAAUUCAAAAAGCAUCGUGUUUACUUCAAGAAGAGGAAGAACCAGCUUUUUGGUGCUAGUUGUCCUGUCCCCAGAGCAUGGCUCACCCUUCAGGAGCGGUGGCUUCAGCGACAGGACGCAGGAAGAGGACCCCAAGAAGGAGAAGAGUUGGCGCAGGGAGGGGUGUGAGGGCUGCCUGCGCCUGCUUCAGAGCCUGGGACAUUCCCAGGGCUGAGCUGAGGGAACCUGCGUGCCUUUUCGAGACCAGGCGAUCAUGCCCGAUGGCACUUGGCACCGGUCACUGUGGCCGGAGAAGAAAAGCCAAUUUUCUCUGCAAGGAAUAUUCCCAAUGCUUUGUCUAUGAUGUCUUCAUUAUUUUAUUACCUUAAGAAACAGUCUUAUUCUUGUACCAGUAGUUACUGCUGGAGAGUGGCUUACUAUUAAUAUCAAUAAAUAGAUGAAACCUGUUGGAA